AUGGACAGAUAUGACAAAUUUGACGGUGCCACGCCAAGGGAAAAAUUGAAAAAUGCAUAUGCUCAACUCAACGCUAGACUUAGUACUCCGGUCAUCCAGAGUAACGAUGCAAGUGCCACGCCGUCCUCCGCAGGAGAUAUUGAGCCUACAGCUUCUGCUCCUGUGCCGGAAACGGCCGCGCCUCUAAGUGUCAGAGUGGAUAGAGAGCAUGGCAGCCACACACAAACAGAUGCCACGUCAGCUAUCCCUGCGCCGUCCGCGGAAGAGCCUGUACUGGAGCUCUCUCCACGACACGACGUGCAAACGAUUCAACCCAGCGCACUUGCAGUUAAUAACGCCGAGGAGAUACUCCCGGGGUCUGUCCAUCUCGGUCCAUCUGAAUUUGCUGUGACGCUCCCGAUGGACUCCAGAGUCAAGGAUAGCUAUGAGAAAGUCUUGGCUAGUGAAUCGCAAGGCAUCCGUGAGUUUCUCAAGAUUUCGAGCUCUCACGAUGAAGUAGCUGAAAAUAAGAUGGAAAGCCUUAAACUGAAGGUACACGACGUGCUUAAAAAUUUGAGCAACGUUGCAACACACCCAGAUCCGAAUCUCAGUGCAACGGAUUUGGCGCAGGAAGCUGCAUGGGCUGAGUAUAACAGCGCAAAGUUCCUGCUCUUAGGUUAUCUCGUGCAGCUUGCGAGUAGCCGUGACAUCCACUUGGUAAUCCUGGUCCAUGGGGAGAAGUCUCAGAAAGUUGUCGAACGCUACCUGACAGGUAAGGGUCUUGUCUACACGCGGCCGCGCGAAGAGAUGGGACCUGGGACCAACCUCGAAAUCUCCAUGAUUAAAAAUUCUUUGAGUUUCGGGAUACAGUCGACUCGCAAUGAUGGAAUUAUGGAAACCUACAAAAGGCCUUCUGCAAUUAUCUCGCUAGACUCCUCCUUCAACGCAAAAAGCCCAUCGGUGGAGCAUAUGCGCACCACUUUCGCGCGAAAUGGAAAUCUGCUUCCCGUGAUCCGGCUCAUUAUCGCAAAUUCAAGUGAGCAUGUUGAGCUGUGCUUCCCUAACCUUGAGCAAAUCCAGCAGCUACGUUUGGUCAUCCAGUAUACCAUGCAUCUUUGUGAUAUAGUGGGUGACCUCCAGGACGACGCUCUCGGUGUGCGCGAGGAUAUAGACGAAAUUCUCUGUUGUCUCCUGUCUGAUAACUUCAACUCCCACUGGUCACUGCCCCAGGUCGAGCCGCUACAUAUCGUCAGCCCGGAGGAACUGGAAUCCCUUCCAGUCGAAAGCCAAGGCAGAGCAGAUGUUGAAAGCGCGUCCAUCACGCCAGCACCAAGCCAGAAACGUGCAUUUGACGUGGAAGAAAACGAGGAGCAAGCCUCCAAAAGACUCAGAGCCGAUACAUCACAAGACCCUACCCAGCUCACGGAAUCCUCCAAAUUCCCCAGUCAGACAUUGGACCGUGACAUUCAAGCAUUGGAGAAGAGCCUCAUGCAAAUGAGAGCCUCGCAUGCCGCCGAGCGUCAGAGUCUUCAAGCAUCGUUGGCUGCUGUACAAUCUCGUCUGCAGGAGAAGGAGAAGGCACUCGAAACGCUCCAGCACCGCUAUGAAAGCCGGACCAAGGAUCUUCAUAGAACCCGACAGGAGCGCGAUCGACUGUCUGAAACCAAACUUGCCUCCGAGCAGAGAGUCGAGAAGCAGAAAGAAGAGCUCGGAAAACUGAGGGAUGAGCGCACUCAACUAAGGCACGAUCUGGAAAAGGCUCGAGAAGAGCUGAAGACUGGCGGAGGCAAUGCAGCAGAGUUAGAGCCGGCACGGGAGGAAAUCCGGCGCCUGACCAAGGAAAAUGCCUCCUUGCAACGAAAGACAGAAUACGAAAGCAAGCAGGCGGAGUAUACGCGCGAGCAGUAUCAAAACGCAUCUACCGUGGCAGCGCAAGCCGGAAACGAAAGUCGCCAGCUGCGGGAGGAGAAUGAAACGUUGAAACGCAAGGUGGCCGGCGAUGUCGCUCGACUCAAAGAGCUCAACCUGAAGAGUGAUGCAGAGCGGCAUAUGUCUCGUAUCGUCGAACUGGAGUCCACCCUAUCAAAUCGCGACGAUCUGCUGCGCAGGAAGGAAGAAGAACUGCGAGAAAUCCGUAAAAACCGCCCUUCAACUCGGUCGACCAGCACCCAGCCCCGAAGCCCCAAGUGGACCGCCGGUAAUAGCCGCCCUACAAGCCCCGGCAUCAACAAUGGUUCAGCCAUUGCCGGCCGGGGCAGUGCCUUGAGGUUCAGCUCGGAAAUGUCUCUCUGA